GCUGGCCACACUACCCUUUAUUUUUAUUGCAUUUUUCCAACGAACGCGACGCGAAAUGUUCAAAAUGUUCCAAGCGCGAGGCACCACGGCCGACCAGUGAUUGCGACGCGAUUGAUCCCUUCGAUCCGAUCUGGCAGUCUGACAGUCUGGAAAGCAAACCGCAGAGCAACCGCAGCAAAUGCCAUCGUGAAUAGCAACGCCCACCCACCCAGCGCGACUCACACACAAGCACACGAACGGGGACUUGGACUUGGAUUCGGAUUCGGAGUCACCGCACACACACACGCACACGAACGGACUGGGGAGCACCCCACCCGAACACCCCUACUCACACACACACACACCCGCAGAGAUGGCACACCUACCGCUGCCGCUUUAUGGCUUCGCGGCAUUCUUCAUGGUCUUCUGGUUCGGCACCUGGAUGGUCCACGUGAUAGCCAUCUGCUACGGCCGCUACAAGCUGCACAAGAAGUCCUGCAAGCUGCCCACGGAGGCCCAGCCCCUGCCGGGCGUCUCCAUCCUCAAGCCCCUCAUGGGCGUCGACCCCAACCUGCAGCACAACCUGGAGACCUUCUUCGCCAUGGACUACCCGCUCUACGAGCUGCUCUUCUGCGUCGAGGACAAGGAGGACCCGGCCAUCCAGCUGGUGGAGCGGCUGCUGGCCAAGUACCCGCUGGUGGACGCCACCCUCUUUGUCGGCGGCUCCGAUGUGGGCGUCAACCCCAAGAUCAACAACAUCCAUCCCGGCUACACGGCCGCCAAGUACGACUUUGUCAUGAUCUCGGACAGCGGCAUCAAGAUGAAGGACGACACGCUACUGGACAUGGUGCAGAACAUGUCGGAGAAGCACGCUCUGGUGCACCAAAUGCCCUUCACCAGCGACAGGGACGGGUUUGCGGCCACCUUCGAGAAGGUCUUCUUCGGCACGGUGCAGAGCAGGAUCUACCUGUCCGCGGACGUGCUGGGCAUCAACUGCCACACGGGCAUGUCGUGUCUGUUGCGCAAGGCGGUCAUCGACCAGCUGGGCGGUCUGAGAGCCUUUGGCUGCUACCUGGCCGAGGACUUCUUCAUUGCCCGCAGUGUGACGCGGCUGGGCUGGAAGAUGCGCAUCUCCAACCAGCCGGCGCUGCAAAACAGCGGCCUAUGCGACAUCGGCAGCUUCCAGGCGCGACUCAUCCGCUGGGCCAAGCUGCGUGUGGCCAUGGUGCCCACCACCAUUCUGCUGGAGCCGCUCUCCGAGUGCAUGAUUCUCGGUGCCAUAGCCGCUUGGUCAGCCUCGGUGCUGUUCAGCUGGGACCCGCUGGUGUUCUAUCUGGUUCACGUGCUCUGCUGGUUCCUGUCCGACUGGCUGCUGCUCUCCAUCGUCCAGCACGGCUCGAUGCCGUUCCACAAGUUCGAGUUCGUCGUCGGCUGGCUGUUCAGGGAGCUAACUGGACCCUAUCUGUUCCUGCACGCCCUCUGGAAUCCGGCGAUCCGUUGGCGCGCCCGCACCUACAAGCUCCACUGGGGCGGAGUGGCCUACGAGCUGAACAACCCCGCCUCCGAUGCUGCCAACGCCCCACUGGCGCCCCAGCCCGCACCCACGUUAGAGCCCGCGGUGGCCACCACCGGCGGGGGAACCACGGGGGACACGCUGAUCUGCACGGGAGCCAAGCAGCGACUGCUGGUGUCGUAGCACCUACUAAUUAAGUUUGUUAUUUUGUACUUGUGAGCAACCAACUCAGCGUCUAGCGUCUGGUAGUAGUAUUAUUAGCUGAACCUAAGUCACUACGUAAGUCUAGACUUAAAGCUGUAAGAAAGGCGCUCCUCCUGGACGCGGCAGGACAGGCAGGCGGACCUAGAUUAGUUUAGAGACACUGAUUAGACGACGAGCGCAUCGCUGCGAUCGCUCGCCAGAGAUUUAGACGUUAGCUGUAGGCGAUGGAGCAGAUCGACCCGGGCGCAGUUUGGUGGCUUCGCGAGAACUGGUUAAUGAAGCUUUGUGUGUAUAUAUUACGAUCGUAUGUUUUGUAGCCAGCCUGUACAGACGUAAGCCCUAGUUAGCAUUAUGAUUGCGUUAGCUCUCCCCCGCUUCUGUUGUUGCUUUAUUGAAUUGUAAUUAUUUAUUUGGCCAAGCACCUUAGUUCUAUUGUUAUAGCGUUAAGCCUAAACUUAUGAUUACUUUUAGUUGUUUCUGUUUUUCUGUUUGCCCCAGCUUCUGUACAUAAGCGCCGAAGGGAAUGCCAUUGAAUAAAUCGAGUCGAGUCGAAACGAAACGAUCGAGAGAAUGAAAACCCAUUA